AAGAGCUGGUCAUGAAGAAUAAACUCUCUCUCAUUCACAGACGCGGGUCACAGGUGGAUCUCACACAGAUGAAAGAUUUGUUUGCGUCUUUUGUUUUGCUGCAUAGAACGGCGAAUAAUGGUGCAUUCUGAAACUUGAAAGAGGAAAUGACAGACCGACUUUAUAAAAAGACUUCACACAUACAAUACUGACAGACCAUUUCCCUUUGAGGACGGAUGAACUCAAAUGAUGUUUGUGCUGAUGUUAAUGUAUUCUGUCUGCUCAUCUGACGGCCUCAGCUGGGCCUGGAGAAAACUUCCAUGUGAUGUGAUGUUCUCCAACAGAUCGGUUCUCAUGGACUGUUCGGGCAGAUCACUGAAAGAAAUUCCAAAGAACUUGUUGUGGAACUCAACAGAGCUCAUCUUCAGCCAUAAUGAAAUAAGAACUCUUCCGAAAGAUGCUUUCUGGAAUCUGACCAACGUCACACGGAUAAAUCUCAGAAAAAAUCUACUGCAGCUUAAAAAGGACAGCAGGGUUUUUUCCAGGUUGGCUCAACUCAAGACUUUGCAGCUUGACAAUAAUAACAUCUCAGCAUUUCCCAGAGAUCUUCCUCCAGGACUCCAAACACUGAGUCUGAAUUCCAACCACAUCCAAAACAUCGGACCGUUACAUUUUGAAGGAAUGACGAAGCUCGAGGUUUUGAAAUUAAACGAGAAUUGCUACCGCAGCGUUAAAUGCAAGAUUAUAAUUCACAACAAAACCUUUCGAAACGUUCACCUGACUGUGCUCGAGUUGUCCAAAAACAGACUUCAGAAAAUCCCACCCGGUUUACCCAGAUCCCUCCAGAACCUCUCGCUUCUCUUAAACAGGAUCGAGUACAUCGAUGCUUUUGUGCUACAGAAUCAAACCAACCUCAGACUUCUUGAUUUGUCUGGAAACUGUCCGUUUUGUUUCAACGCUCCGUUCCAGUGCACUCCCUGCCAGACGGCGAAUCGUUCUCUAGAGAUUCACUCGGAUGCCUUCAGUGGACUCGUCCAGCUACAAGACCUGAGACUUUCCGGAAACUCUUUAACGACAAUCAACCCUUCGUGGUUUCAAAACCUGACCACGUUAAAGUACUUGUAUCUUUCCUUCAAUUCUUUAGUGCGUGAGUUUGAAAGCGGACAGUUCUUCAGCGUGCUCCCCCGUGUGGAGAUCGUGGAUUUCUCGUACAACAAUCCAUCGCAAACCAUUUACCAGAGACUGAAACUCUCGACGGGUUUCUCUAGUUUGAAAUCCUUACAAACGCUUCACUUGGAAGGUUACAUUUUCAGCAACCUCUGUGAGGAAGACCUCGUGCCUCUCUUCGCUCUGAAAAAUUUAUCCGUGCUAAACUUAGGAGUCAACUUUCUCCAAAAUGUCAAUCUGUCUGUCUUUAGGAACUUUCAAAACCUCUCCCUGAUUUCUUUGAGCGACAACAGGUUGAUGUUCACAGGACACACUCGGAUGCGGUGCAAACGCCAGGGUCUGUCUUAUCAAGAUCAAGAUGAUCAUCGUGAGGGUCCUUACAUUCACACCGAUCAAGAGUUCCGCCGUUACCCUCCGUUCACCAAACACGAGUGUCUCAUGACAGGACCGGUUUUAGAUCUCAGCAGUAACAGCAUAUUCCACAUCAACCCGCUUUACUUCACAGGAGCAGAGGACGUCACGUGUCUCAAUCUGUCCUUCAACUUCAUCGCUUCAUACUUCAACGGUACAGAGUUCAAUCACUUUCCCAAACUCAAGUAUCUGGACUUAUCCAACAACCGAGUCUACAUGCAUUCCCAAUUAGCCUUCCGCGAGCUAAAAGAGUUAGAGGUUUUGGAUUUAAGUCACAACAAACAUUACUUCGAGGUGGCAGGCGUACGGCACAGCCUCGCCUUUCUUAAAAACCUCGAGUUCCUCCGAGUGCUCAAUCUGAGCUGGAAUGAGAUCAACACCCUGACCAACAAAACCCUCGACAGCGCCUCGCUGAACGAGCUUCAGUUUCAGGGAAAUCGCCUGGAUAUCAUGUGGAGAAAGAACCAAGAGUUUAAAAAUCUUUUCAAGAAUCUCUCAAACCUGACACGCCUCGAUAUAUCCUACAACAAGCUUUGCCAAAUUCCGGAAGAUAUAUUCAGUUGUUUCCCGCAGACCCUGACGUAUCUCAGCGUGAGCAGAAACACUUUGACGUAUUUUGAGUGGGAACAGCUCCGAUAUUUACCUCGAUUGGAAGUUCUGGAUCUCAGCAAGAACAAGUUGACUCAGGUCACUGAGAAACUGUCCAAACACACGAGUUCACUGAAGGUUCUGGACCUGAGUAGUAAUCUCAUCGCCAGAUUAAAACCAAGUUUUCUCCAAGAUGACAGAAGUCUGUUGACCCUCAAUCUCGCAUUCAACCGCCUGACGCAGGUCAGCGACGCGUCCUUGUCAUCGGGCAGCGGUCACUCGCUGCGUCUCCUGCACCUGGAGAGAAACCCAAUCCACUGCACCUGCGAUCUUCUGGACUUCAUCCUCUGGUUAAAGAAAAGCGAUACGGUUCUUCCCCAUCUAGCGACGGAUGUCCUGUGCGACCUUCCGGAAGCUAAAAGGGGACAUCCGAUGGUAGACCUGGACAUCGAAAACGCCUGCAUUAAUAACAUCAUCGCCCAAAUUCUGUACGUGUUGACGUCCUCCAUCAUCAUCAUCAUGUUAUCCGCCAUCAUCACCGUACAUAUGUUCUACUGGGACAUAUCAUACAUCUAUAAUUUCUGCAGGGCCAAAAUAAAAAGUCAUCAUUCAAAUGCAGACUGCACUUAUGACGCCUUUGUCAUCUACGACACGUCGGACUCGGCGGUAGAGGAGUGGGUCUUCAACCAUCUCUGCUUUGAGCUGGAAGAGCGAGGCGGACGGGUUCAUCCGCUCUGUUUGGCCGAGAGAGACUGGACUCCUGGAACAUCCGUCAUGGAUAACCUCAACCACAGCGUUCACCGGAGCAGGAAGUCCAUAUUCGUGAUGACGGAGGGAUUGGUCCGCAGUGGGAUUUUCAAGAUGGCGGCUUUUCUUGCUCAACAGAGGUUGCUGGAGGAGGGCGUGGACGUGAUGGUGCUGGUGCUGUUGGAGCCGGUGCUUCGUCGAUCGAGAAUCCUGAACCUGCGGCGCUGCCUGUGCGGACACAGCGUGCUGGAGUGGCCCGGAAACCCGGCAGCAAAAGACUGGUUCUGGCAGAAUCUGAGAAAUGCAAUCAGAUUCGAGUGUCACGGUGUGCAAAGCAAAAUCUUUACAAAUUACUUCAGUGGACGGUGAAGCGAGACGUUAUGACACGUUUCAGUUCACGGUUGCUGUUCUUCAUCUUCAGUGUGCUUUGACUGGACAAAUGUGUUGCACCACCAACUUCCCUGUAAGCUAUUUUUUUAAAUCCAGAACUUCCCAUUAAACUCAUUUGUGU